AUGUCCACAUUAGUAAAUUUAUCAUCACUUGUGUUUUGUUCCGAUGCUGGUUUGGUAAUCUACUUCUCUUACGGCAUAUGGUUUAGCAAAGCGGACGAGGAGCCAGAAUCCAAAGAACUCAAACAAUCGAACAUCGGUGACCGGUAUAAAGUUCCUGACCCACAAAGCGAUCAGACAUAG